AUGCCAGCCAGACGCAGCAAUGCCACCAUCUUGCUUCAGAAGGUGAAUACACAGCUUCAUGGUGAAAGAGUGCCUCUCAGAUCCAAAGAGGAAGAUGAACUAGCAGCUUAUCUGAAUACUCUGACUCAGAGGUCUCAGCAGGUCAGAGAUGUGGACAUUUCCACAUCCAGUGGAGCAGAUAGCAAACACUCCGGUUUUAUCGACCGCCGCUCUGUCAGUCCAGUGUUGCCAACUCCGACUAGCAGAUUUUUGAAGAAAAAACCCCAGCCUGGCGUGACAGGUGCCACAGGUUCGUCCGGCACUGAUGGUGUCACUGGCAAGAAAACUGAAAACCGUCCGGUUCUUUCAGGGGGCAACAAGGAAGCUUCCUGUCAACCUAGAUCAGCCAAGGAAGUUGAUGCUGCACCCGAAUCAGGCAAGUCUGGACGAUAUCAGCUGGUGUCCAGGGAUAGCCAAUCUGAGGUCAGUUUUACAGAAUCAGAUCUAGGUCACAGACCAGACACAGCCAAGUCAGGUGUUGGGCCAGACACAGCCAAGUCAGGUGUUGGGCCAGAAACUCUCCACCUUUUGAAAAAUCAGAACAUCCAGUAUCAUGAAAGAAAGCCAGGUUUGCAUUCCCCACUUGCACAGACAUCUUACCAAGAGAAAGAGUUGCAACAGAAGAAAGAUGAAAUCGCCAGAACACUGGGAAGCCAUUUUGUUCCUUCAGAUCAGGACAGUCUCACAGAGUUCAUCCAGGGUCUCUCCACAUCAGAGUUGUCUGCUCGGCGGCCACAGAAUCUUGUAACAAAGAAACAGCAGAAAUGGCGUCAGCGGACUUCGUCAUCAGUAAGUCAUUCUCCAUCUCCUGUACUAGAGUCAAGGUCACAGUCACCUCUUCGGCAGUCAAGGUCACCCUUUGGGAAACUAUCACAAUCAGCUUCCCAGGACUCAGAUAUGGUGAACUCCCUGGCCAGUGAGAUGCAUGAUGGGAGACCAGGUUCAAACAACUCGGAUCACCUCUUUCAAAUCAACCUGACGGAUGUAGCAAGUCUUCUGCCCAGUUUGCCAAGCCCACCUCCACCGUUACCUCGAGCACAUGCCAAGAGAGUUGACACACACUCCAAGAAUAUGACUCAGAAACACAAGAGUUCCAGUGUCAAAUUCAGGUCACCCUCUACUGAAUGUGUGGCGCUGCACCAGAAGCAGAAACCUGUGCCCUCGAAAUCUUCUCCUAAGAAAAAAGAAUCUUCAUCAAGUCUCUUUGAUGCCCUGGGCAUACACAUGGCUGAUGAGCUGCUGAGCAUUGAUGCAGACAGCAACAGAGAAGACCAUCUAGGCAGCUCUGAAGAAUCAGAGAUUAAAACACAAAGUUUAAAUGAGCACAAGAAAAUGUUGAAAGUGUCAGAGUCAAGUAUAAUCACCGACAUUAGUCAUGAGCACAAGAGGGCAUCGGAGGCUGAACAGAAUUCUUUGAAAACAAAUGUCAGACGAACCAGCAAGACUCUGCCUGUCAACGAUGUUACAGAUGUCAGUGAAUACUCUGAAUCAUUUAAUUCCGAGUCCUCAACCGGAACCCCGAGUGUGACUCAGAGAUCCAGGGACAACAGGUCAAAGACUCAUUCAACAAAGAAAGAAUCAAAAAGAAGCCAGGAUUGCAAGGUUGUCAUGGAGGAGUUGCUUGUGGAUGUCUCAGCAACAAAUGUCAAGGGCUCUACACGACGCUGGAACACAACUCAGACAGACAUACAUGUAUCAGCGCCGUAUGGUGUCCAGUACGUGGAUCCAGCCCCGGUGGCCAGGCAUGUUGUCAGUUCCGAUGCUCUUCAAGCCCUGACAGCCUACAGCCCAAACAUGUUGGCCCUGCAGGAGAUGAUGAAGGUUCAGCUAGAGCUGGUGCAGAACUUCCUGGCUAUCCAGCAGCGAAUAUAUCAAUCCUGCAUGGAGGGAUUCAAGUACGACUAUAAAUACACGACCUUGGAGGAGACCAGAGAGUUCAUCCGCACCAAUCAGAAGCCUCGUCUGACAUUCAAGGAAGCGUUGCAGCUUGUACAACAAGACAAGGCAUUUACGACCUGA